CCUUAUAGCUGUUAGAGGAAGAUGGCGGCGGGUAGCAGACGCGCUCGGUUUCUCCUGCUGUUCAUCACGUCCCUGUGCUUCUGCGUGUUCGUGGCGCACGGGCUAAAACCCGGGGGUAAUGCUAACCUCCAUCCUCCUCCUCCUCCGGUGGUGGUGGUGCCCGUGAACCGGCAGCUGAAGCUCGGAGCGCCGAAUUCGGUGAAUAUCGGAGGUGCAGCAGCGGCGGUCUCGCAGGCGAGGAGGGCGCUCAGCUGGAAGCUGGCAGAAGAGGAGGCCUGCCGAGACGACGUGAGCCGGCUGUGUCCGAAACACACCUGGACUAACAACCUGGCUGUGCUGGAAUGCUUGCAGGACAAGAAUGAGGAAACGGAGAUCGCAUCCGACUGCAACCAUUUGCUGUGGAACUAUAAACUAAACCUGACCACUGAUCCCAAGUUCGAGUCUGUAGCAGCAGAAGUGUGUAAAAGCACAAUAUCAGAGAUUAAAGAAUGUGCAGUUGAAGAGCGAGGUAAAGGCUACAUAGUGUCCUGCCUGGUGGAUCACCGCAGCAACAUCACCGAGUACCAGUGCAACCAGUACAUCACCAAGAUGACCAGCAUCAUCUUCAGUGACUACCGGCUCAUAUGCGGCUUCAUGGACAAGUGUCGAGACGACAUCAACACACUGCACUGUGGAAGCAUCACUACUGGGGAGAAAGACCUGCACUCCCAAGGUGAGGUCAUCGCGUGUCUGGAGAAAGCGCUGGUUCGAGAAGCAGAACAGCAAGACAAGGUUCACCAAAUCCGAGACGACUGCAAGAAGGCCAUCAUGCGAGUGGCCGAGCUCUCGUCCGACGACUUCCACUUGGACCGCUACCUCUACUUUUCCUGUCGGGACGAUCGAGAGCGAUUCUGUGAAAAUACCCAAGUCGGAGAAGGCAGGGUUUACAAAUGUCUGUUCAACCACAAAUUCGAGGAAGCCAUGUCUGAAAAGUGCAGAAACGCCCUGACCACUAGGCAGAAGCUGAUCGCUCAGGACUAUAAGGUCAGUUACUCUCUGGCGAAAGCGUGCAAGGCUGACCUCCGCAAAUACCGCUGCAGCCUGGACGCCAACAUGCCCCGAGCCCGAGAGGCCAGACUGUCGUACUUACUCCUCUGCCUGGAGUCUGCAGUGCACAGAGGACGCACGGUGAGUGGAGACUGUCAGGGCGAGAUGCUGGACUACAGGCACAUGCUGAUGGAGGAUUUCUCCCUGAGCCCGGAGAUCGUGCUGCACUGCCGAGGCGAGAUCGAGGCUCACUGCUCCGGCCUGCACCGCAAAGGAAGAACCCUGCACUGUCUCAUGAGGGUGGGCCGAGGAGACAAGGGGCCGAUGGACAGCCACUGCCAGAGCGCUCUCCAGGCACUCAUCCAGUCUGCUGACCCUGGUGCUGAUUACCGCAUUGACCGGGCUCUCAACGAAGCGUGCGAGUCUGUAAUACAGACGGCUUGCAAACACAUUCGCAGCGGAGAUCCUAUGAUCCUUUCAUGUCUAAUGGAGCAUCUCUACACAGAGAAGAUGGUAGAGGACUGUGAGCACAGGCUGCUGGAGCUGCAGUACUUUAUCUCCAGAGACUGGAAACUCGACCCUAUUUUAUAUCGGAAGUGCCAGAACGACGCGUCCCGGCUCUGUCACACACACGGCUGGAACGAGACGAGCGAGAUGAUGCCCCCGGGCGCCGUGUUUUCCUGCCUCUAUCGUCACGCUUACCGUACAGAAGAACAAGGCAGACGGUUCGAGCCUGAACAAUAUCUCACUAGGGAGUGUAAAGUGGAAGUCCAGAGGAUCUUGCAUCAGAGGGCUUUGGAUGUGAAGCUGGACCCAGAACUCCAGAAACGCUGCAUGACCGACCUGGGAAAGUGGUGCAGCGAGAAGACGGAUACUGGUCAGGAGCUGGAGUGUCUGCAGGAACAUCUGGAGGAUCUGGUGGCAGACUGCAGGGACAUGGUGGGAAACCUGACCGAGCUCGAGUCCGAGGACAUCCAGAUUGAAGCUCUGUUGAUCCGAGCGUGCGAACCCGUCAUCCAGACCCACUGCCAUGACGUGGCUGAUAAUCAGCUAGACACGGGGGAUCUGAUGGAGUGCCUGGUGCAGAACAAACAUCAGAAGGAGAUGAACGAUAAGUGCGCUGUCGGAGUGACGCACUUCCAGCUGAUUCAGAUGAAGGACUUUCGCUUCUCCUAUAAGUUCAAGAUGGCCUGCAAAGAGGACGUCCUCAAACUGUGUCCGAACAUAAAAAAGAAAGGUGAUGUAGUGAUCUGUUUGAGCACCACAGUGAGGAACGACACUCUACAGGAUGUGAAGGAGCAGCGAGUGUCCCUGAAGUGCCGCAAACAGCUGAGAGUGGAAGAGCUGGAAAUGUCUGAGGACAUUCGUCUAGAGCCCGAGCUUCACAGUGCAUGUAAGAAAGAUAUCGAGAGGUUUUGCUCUGCUGUUUCAUUCGGCAACGCUCAGGUCACUGAGUGUUUGAAGGAGAAUAAACAGCUGCUGUCUCACACAUGCCAUCAGAAAGUCUUUAAGCUCCAGGAGAUGGAGAUGAUGGACCCUGAGCUGGACUAUCAGCUGAUGAGAGUCUGCAAGCAGAUGAUUAAGCGUUUCUGUACCGAGUCCGAUGCCAAGAACAUGCUGCAGUGCCUGAAACAGAACAAGAACAGUGAGCUAAUGGACCCCAAAUGCAAGCAGAUGAUCACCAAGAGACAGAUCACUCAGAGCACAGACUACAGGCUUAACCCCGUGCUGCGGAAAGCCUGCAAAGCAGAUAUUCCCAAAUUCUGUCAGAGCAUCCUCAACAAGGCCACCGAUGACAGCGAACUGGAGGGCCAGGUCAUUUCCUGUCUCAAGCUCAAGUAUGCUGACCAGCGUCUGUCUUCAGACUGUGAGGAUCAGAUCAGCGUGAUCCUGCAGGAGUCGGCACUUGAUUACAGACUGGAUCCUCAGCUCCAGCUUCACUGCAGUAAAGAGAUUACGGACUUGUGUGCAGAGGAAGCUGCUGCACAAGAACAAACAGGCCAGGUGGAGGAAUGUCUGAAGACCAACCUGCUGAAGCUCAAACGUGACGCUUGCAGAAAGGAGGUCCUGAACAUGCUGAAAGAAAGCAAAGCAGACAUUUUCGUGGAUCCAGUCUUACACACGGCCUGUGCCCUGGACCUGAAGCACCAGUGCGCGGCGAUCCCCCCCGGCCGAGGCAGACAGAUGUCUUGUCUGAUGGAGGCUCUCCAGGACAAGCGGGUCAGACUGCAGCCCGAGUGUAAGAAGAGACUGCAGGACCGGAUAGAUAUGUGGAGCUACGCAGCCAAGGUGGCCCCAGCUGAAGGCUUUGCAGACCUGGCUGUCCAAGUAAUGGCAUCACCUUCCAAGAAUUAUAUCCUGCUGGUGAUAGCCCUGGCCUUGUGCGUCCUCUUCAUGGUGGGAUUGCUGUGUGGACGAAUCACUAAACGUGUGACCAGGGAACUGAAGGAUAGGUAGAGCCCAGAUCCUCAGCUUAUACGUCUCAGUCACGUUCUAAAAAUAAAUAAUUUACAAAAAGAUGAUGAUGAUGAAGGGUAGAAGGCCUAGAUGUUUUUUUUUUGUUUUGUUUUUUUUUGACCACUGUUCUAACCCUGGCCCGAGUGUCCUACUUUUUACCAUCCCUGAUUUGGAACGCCGUGUGGUGGAUCAGCACCGUGUUCCAGGCUCAUCCUGCUCAGUGCUGCCCCCUGCUGUGAAAGUUCCAGAAUACACAUAUCAAAAAUCUAGAAACUCGAGCAUUCUGGAACGCUAAUCUGUGCUUUCCUGGGUGUUUUUUUCUCCUUAAUUUUGUUUGAUUGAAAGCUUGAUCGACUUACUGUGCAAACGACAUGCCAUUACGAACUUUUCUCCAUUGCAUAACGAUGCAUUUUACUAGAAUUUAGUUGUUGUUGUUUUGUUUUUUUUGCACUCAGACUUACAGCCAUACAGCUUCACUUUUACAAAAUAAUAGAGAAAUAUCACUGGAUCUGAAGAUGAAAUAUUUCCUGUGAAAAUUGUCGACUGAAAAUGAGUUGCGUUAUAAUUCCUGUGAUAUUUAUCCUGAAAUAAUUAAAUAACCGAUGGAGAAACUUUAUCAUCUAUAUAACAUCAGACCUGGGGUCCUGUCUAAUGCAGAGAGAUGAAGAAAAAAAUCGGAGAGAAUUUGACUUUUUAGUGAAUUCGUGUCCUGAUGAAGGCGGAGGAUAUCCUGUGCUUUGUUUGGGAUUUUUAUUUUUAUUUUUUAAGGGAUCUGAUGAGUGGAAUUAGGAUUAAUUUCUCUAAUCGUAAUAAUCUCUAGUCCUGUAACUACCUAUUCACAAAGCUUACAGGUGUGUGUAGUGUCUCGGAAAAAAAAGAAAAGAAAGCCAAGAGAUGGACCUUAUUUUAUUAAAAGUAAGUCACAUAUCAGAAAUAUACAAAAAAAUUUCAGACUUAUUUUUGAAUUUUGAUUGAAUUCCUGCACUUAUUUAUUUUUUUUUGCUAUGAUUUUGUCCACCUCAUGGCCUUAUUUAUUCUAAAUUUAUUUCUGUUUAAUUUAUGCAUCUGGUCCUUUUUUUCUCCCUAUUAAAGCCUUGGCUGAAUUUUUUAAUUUGAGUGAAUUGUGCUCAGAUUUCCUGCAGUCCUGAUACUGACCCUGAGAACUCCUGUUCAUAUUGAAGACAAAGACAGAUUUAUAUGAUUAUCUUCAUUACGGUUAUUGAUGAUGCACUUUUCUGAGGGAAUCAAAACGGGAAAUUUUUUUAAUUUUUCAGUGGCUCUGAAACCACAAGUGAACAUUCUUCACUUUUGCAUCCUUCCUGAUUUCAUUCAGAACUUUUCCUUUCAAAUGAUAUAAUCAACAACAACCUGUGACACAAUAAAAAACUAGGUCUUUUCAUCCAACAUUAGUGCCUGACCUCACAAAUGCGCUUCUAGAGGAAUGGUCAAAAAUCCCCAUAAACACACUCCUAAACCUUGUGGAUCCCAGAAGAGUUGAAGCUGUUAUAGCUGCAAAGGGCGGGACAACUCCAUAUUACAUUCAUGUGCAUGUAAAGGCAGAUGUCACGGUUUUGGUCUGGCUCACAGUCUCCACUCUAAUUCACCCCAAAGGUGUUCUAUGGGGUUGAGGUCAGGACUCUGUGCAGGACAGUCAAGUUCCUCCACAUCAAACUCACUCAUCCAUGUCUUUAUGGACCUUGCUUUGGUCACUGGUGUGCAGUCAUGUUGGAACAGGAAGGGGUCAUCCCCAAACUGUUCCCACAAAGAGCAUGAAAUUGUCCAAAAUGUCUUGGUAUGAAGCUGAAACAUUAAGAGUUCCUCUCACUGGAACUAAGGGUCCGAGCCCAACCCCUGAAAAACAACACCUGAACUCAAUGAUUUGGACGGGUGUCCCAAAACUUUUGGCAAUAUAGUGUAGUUUCAUGAAAUUGAAUUUCUUUCUGCUUCAUCAGAAGAGAUAAGACUCGAGGAAACGCUGACCUUUUGUACAAAAGAGUUAACAUGAUUACUCACACAUUUGUGGUUUAGAAUGAAAUCGUGACUUUGUGUAGAAUAGAGCUCAGAGAGCUACGAUUCAUGGCUUUGUUUGAAAUGUCAGUUUAUAGUUUGGUCCUUUAACACAAGUUCCAGCUUUUCGUUGUGGUCUCAGACACUCUGUUAAAUUCGUCCGACUGAAUUUACACUGAAAAACCACACAGGUUUUGGAAAUGAUUUAGUGACACCAUUUAAAAUAAAUAAAUACAUAAAGCUGGGAAUAAUCUCCAUUCCUCAUCAUUCGCUCGAUCGGGAUCGCUGUAGAUCCGAAUCCGAUCCCAGACACACUGUGAACGAGGAGUGAAUACACUCCUAAUAUGAAUUAAUCCAUCGCAGCACACCACACACACACACACUCCUGUCACUUGGUUAACAGAUCUUAACCUUCACUUUAAACGCUAGUGGAAGUCUAUGUGGAAAGGAUGCGUCUUGAAUAAUUUGUGAAUCUUUAGCUCAGAAAAAGACGAACACUGGAAACACAGAGACGCUUGUGCAAUAACAUUUGGGCCAGAGCACGGCAUCGCUUCCUGGAUAAGGCUGGAUAAAUCUAUAGACAUCUGCUGAUUUGUAUUAAGAUGAUGAUGAUGAUGAAUCAGGAUCUUCAUCGUUUUAUCCGAAAGUGUUUCAAAUCACACACUCAUCUCCUCCACUCUGUUUUCCACACUUCUUAUCACCUUUUCUUUUAUACCCAGCUUGUUGAAAUGACUUCAUGAUAAAUAAAUAGACAAGGGUUCUAACAGAGGAGGGGUUUUUUUUUCUAAGUGUUCCCUUUGUGAUUUAGACAAGAUGGUAUUCUGUAAAUAAUAGCGCUAGAUGCUCCCGUUUUUGUUGAUUUCGUUCGGAUUAUAAAGCCUGACUGUACAUGCCUAUAUUUUGUAGAUAAAUGUCCUUGCUAAAUUGUACAUAUAGGUCAUGAUUGUAUGAUGAUGAUGAUGAUGGGGGUGGGUUUUUUUUCUUCUUCUUUUUCUUUUCACCCCAAUAACUUUUUGAAAGAGAAUAAAAGAAGUCGGUUUUA